AUGAAAGGCAGAAAGUUGCUGCCUUUUGGUGUGCGAACCAUCACAACCUUAGGAGCCAAGAAUCCGCCGUCAGCCGCUAGAUUGCAGGUGGAAUCGUACUGUGAACCCUACCCUCACGAGGUUGUCUAUUUCCUAAACAAGAAAGUUGAUAGCUUGAUAAAAUCGGGGCAGUUUGUGGUUGCUCAGGAGGUGUUCGAUGAAAUGCCUACACGGGAUGUUGUCUCUUACAAUUUGCUGAUUUCUGGGCAUCGUAAAUACGGUGUCUUACAGCAUGCUUUGUUGCUAUACCACGAGAUGGUUUCUCACUGUAUCAGAGAGAGUGAAUCGACGGUUUGCUCUGUGUUGAGUAUAUGUAGCGAUGAUGCAAAGUUUUUCUGGGAAGGGAUUCAGGUCCAUUGUAGGGUGGUUAAGCUUGGGUUCGGUUGUAAUGUGUUUGUUGGGAGUUCACUGGUUGGUCUUUACAUGCAUGUAGGACUUGAGAAUCUAGGUUUAGGUUUGUUUGAUGAAUUGCCUGUGAGAAACUUAGCCACAUGGAAUUUGGUUUUGCGUGGGAUUUCUGAACUGGGUCGAUGUGAUGAGUUGUUGUUGAAACUGCAUAAUAGGAUGAGACUGGAAGGGGUGGAGGGAAAUGGGGUUACUUUUUGCUAUUUGAUUCGUGGAUGUUGUGACGAGAGGUUUUCCAACGAAGGGAAAAAGCUGCAUUGCCAUGUGGUCAAGGCUGGAUGGGAAGAAUCAAACAUUUUCGUCGCUAAUGCUUUGGUGGAUUUUUACUCAGCUUGUAGACUUUUCUCUGAUGCCAAGAGAUCUUUCAAAACUAUUCAAGCUCAAGAUGUUUUGUCAUGGAAUUCAAUGUUGGCAGCUUUUGUAAAUGAUGGAUCAGUGCUUGAAGCCGUUGAACUGUUUCAUACAAUGCAAUUUCAUGGGAAGAGGCCAUCCAUUCGGUCCUUCGUUGGGUUCUUGAAUUUUUCCAGCAAAACUACAGAUAUUCUGCUUGGGAAGCAAAUUCAUUCCUGGGUCUUUAAAGUCGGGUUUCUUGUGGGGAGUUGCCAUGUUCAAUCUGCGUUGAUUGAUAUGUAUGGGAAAUGCAGGGAUAUUGAGAGUUCAGUGUCUGUUUAUGGAUAUGUCUCUGAUAAAACUUUGGAGUGUUGCAACACAUUGAUUAUCUCUUUACUCCACUGUGGCAUUGUCGAGGAUGCUUGUGAGAUGUUUGGUUUAAUGGUUGAUGAAGGAACUGGUCUGGAUGAGAUUACAUUUUCUACGGUGCUGAAAGCUUUAUCACAGUCUGGUUUCUCGUGCUUGGUCAGCUGCAGUUUGGUGCACUGUUGUGCCUUAAAACUAGGUUUCGAAACUGAUGUUGCCGUUUCUUCCUCCUUGAUUGAUGCAUACUCGAGGUCCGGUUGCAUUGAACUCUCACGAAAGGUGUUUGAACAACUUCCCUCGCCGAAUGUCAUCUGUUGCACUGCGAUGAUAAGUGGAUAUGCUCAUAAUGGAAUGGGAACGGAGGGGCUAGAGAUUCUUAAAGAGAUGAUGUUGAAAGGACUGACACCUGAUAAAGUAACCUUCUUAUGUGCCUUAACUGGAUGCAGCCACUCUGGAUUGGUUGAAGAAGGUAGAAUGGCUUUUGAUGUGAUGAAACUUCUGUACGGGAUAUCUCCUGAUAGAGGGCACUUCUCCUGUAUGGUGGAUCUAUUGGGGCGUGCUGGUAGGUUGAAUGAAGCGGAGGAGUUGCUGCAACAGGCUCCUGGAAUUGGUGAUUGUGUGAUGUGGAGUUCAUUGCUGCAAAGCUGCAGGAAUCAUAAGAACGAAAUGGUGGGAAGAAGGGCGGCAAAGGUCUUGUUGGAUCUUGAACCAAGGGAUUUUGCUGUCUAUUUGCAGGUAUCAAACUACUAUGCUUACAUUGGGGAAUAUGAUUUGUCAAUGGAGAUAAGAGAAACUGGUAUACGAAGGACGAUGACAAGGCGGAUUACUGGUCGCAGUUUUGUUGAGAUUGUGGGCCAUGGAGUUGCAGGAAACAUGGUAUAUGACAAACUUGGAAUGCUUGAGGAUCUUGAAACCGUUGACAUUGAAGAUGGGGUGGAAGGUUUUGAUGUACCUUCAUGGACAAGCGAACGCGGAGGCCAAGUUCUUGUGAACGUUGACAGCUUUGGCGCUGUUGGAGAUGGAGUUUCUGAUGACACUAAGGCAUUUGUGAAUGCUUGGAGCACGGCGUGCAACACAACAAAAGCAGUCUUCUUGGUCCCUCCAGGUCGUCAAUAUUUAGUAAAUGCAACAAAAUUUAAAGGACCUUGUGCGGAUAAGCUAAUCAUUCAGAUUGAUGGAACAAUAGUGGCACCUGAUGAACCUGCAAACUGGGAUCCAAAGCUUGCAAGAUUAUGGCUUGAUUUUAGCAAGCUGAAUGGGGUUAUCUUUCUAGGAAAUGGAGUCAUUGAUGGCUCAGGCAGCAAGUGGUGGGCUGCUUCUUGUAAGAAGAACAAGUCAAAUCCUUGCAAAGGGGCACCAACUGCAUUAACUAUUGAUUCAAGCACUGGUGUGAAAGUUACAGGGAUAACCAUCAAGAACAGUCAACAGAUGAAUUUUGUGAUUACCCGGUGUAACUCUGUCCGAAUUUCUAAUGUGCUAGUUUCGUCUCCUGGAGACAGCCCCAACACAGAUGGGAUCCACAUAACUGAGUCCACUAAUGUUGUUCUCCAAGAUAGCAAAAUCGGAACAGGAGAUGAUUGUGUCUCAAUUGUCAACGGUAGCUCCAAUAUCAAAAUGAAGAGACUCUAUUGCGGACCAGGACAUGGCAUCAGCAUCGGGAGCCUUGGAAAGGACAACUCCACUGACAUUGUCACAAAAGUGGUUCUCGACACAGCUUUGCUCCGGGAGACGACCAAUGGCCUCAGGAUCAAGACUUGGCAGGGUGGUCAUGGUUAUGUGCGCGGGAUACGUUAUGAAAACGUGGAGAUGGAGAAUGUAGCCAACCCCAUCAUCAUUGACCAGUUCUAUUGUGAUUCGCCCAAGUCCUGUGAAAACCAGACAGCAGCAGUGGAGAUAAGCCAGAUCAUGUACCGAAACAUCAGUGGGACUUCCAAAAGUCCGAAAGCCAUGAAGUUUGCAUGCAGUGACACAGUACCUUGCAGCAACAUAGUCCUGAGCAACGUCAACUUAGAGGGGAAAGAUGGCACUGUAGAGACUUACUGCAACUCUGCUCAAGGCUUUGGAUAUGGCGUUGUUCAUCCUUCGAUCGACUGCCUAACCUCCCACGACAAGGACUACACUUCCACAUCUGAUAUUAUUGAAGUUUCAGAAGCCACCUUUCAGGAAAUUGUUCACACCGAGCUCUAGUCGUGUUUCCCCAUACAGAAUGGUCGUUGAUCAGUAUCGUAUCACAUCGUAUAUUGUAAAUUGUAACGUACCAUAGUAUGUAUCCUAAGGUCGGGAAUCAGGAUGUAGGGCCUUACUAUUAGCUGAUUUCUUGCGAGGGUUUCUUUUUUUUCUUCUAUAUAUGUUAGCGUGGUACAUGGUACUGCAGCUAAUAAUUCAGCAAUGAGAUGGCAAAUAUACAAAACUUUUUUUUUAUACUUAUAUCUUCU